CGGGGUAAUUACUCCACUGGAGUCUGCAGCGCUGCACAGUAGUACAAUCCGGCGUCUUAUCAUCAGCUGGGGUCAUUAUUGGGGCACCUUCCCACCCCGGGCGACACGACAAUUUACACCAGAACUCCAACAGUGAAACGCUCCCAGCCGCUUCCGCUUGUGCCCACCACGCCCGCCGCGGAUGCGCAGGCCCCAGGGCGCCGAGCCGAGGCGAGGCGAAUCCAUGCCCCCGUGCCGUGCCCUCGCACUCCUCUGGACUCUGAACCGAAUGAUCCUCUGCCACCCCGACGCCGCGGGCGCGAGCCCCGAAAGCACCGCCCGCUCCCACACCCGGCACGAGGACGAGGCCACUCGCCACCCACUCAGUCACCCAACUCGCCCUCCCCCUCCGUCGCUCUUCCCGUGAAACCCUCCAGGAUCCAACGAAAAAGGCGAAAUCUCCGAACCACACCGCCAUAAUCUCACACCAACCGGCGCCCCGGUGCUCCUAAAAUGGCUUAGCGGACGCGAGCGUUUCUCUCGCAUCUCUGCGGUACUGGUACUACGCGCCGCGCCGUGCCGUGCCGCAAUGCCGGCGCCCGACCAUGCCGCGGCGGCGGGCGGGGCUAGGGGCCACGCGCACCUCACAAACUGCAUCCACCUGCGCCACCACCACGCGCACGGGGGAGCGGGAAUCGGAGGCGGAGGCGCGUCGUCGUCGUCGGGGCGGAGGCGGAGCCCCACGUCCGUGGCGUCGGCGGCGCUGAUGCGCGACCUCCUCGCGCUGCAGCGCUCGCGAUCGCUCCGCGACCCGUCCACACGCCGCUCCGUCGAGUCAUCCAGGUCCAGGGUGGCGGCCGACCCCGACGCCGACUUUGACUCCGACGACGAUGGCGACGUCGAUCUCCCAGCCAAGUCCCGGCGCAGCGCCGGCGCCACCACGAUGACCGGGGCGCUCAAGACGCUCCUCGACCAGCUCGCCGAGAACCCCCACCCCCACCCCCACCCGAAACCUGUCCGACGCCCGCCCCGCCGCUUCAAACGCCGGGCCGGCCGCCGCGCCGCCACCGCCAGUAAACCUCCGGAUCGUGCGGCCGCGCUCUCCGUCAACUCCAGCUCCCAGGAGGCCGUCUGCGGCAACAAGUACCUGUUCCACGACGGGGAGGACGAUGGCGAGGAGCUGCAGCAGCAGGUGUCGCAGGACUCGCGCAACGUGUGCGGCAUUCCUUGGAAUUGGUCGCGCCUCCACCACCGCGGCAAGUCUAUCCUCGACAUGGCCGGCCGCAGCCUCUCGUGCGGCCUCUCGGACUCCAAGUCUGCGGCGGGGCGAAAAUCUGAAGCCGCCGCCGCCUCAGGCAACCGCGUCAAUGCCUCGCGUCCCCUUUUCCCGGUUAAGUCCGAGAGGCUGGCCUCCUCGACAAGCUCGGACUCCGACGCGUUGCCUCUGCUCGUGGAGGCCGCCGCCUCCGGUGCGCGCAACGUCAUUGGAGGCACUUCCGGGUGCUACUCUGGAGAGCUCGGGAUUUUCUCCAAUCAGACCAGCGAGAUGGACUCCGACCUGUUGUCUGAGGCUCACUCAGGGCAGAAGUCGCGGGCCUCGCAGCUCAGCCGCGGCCAACACCGGAGUCUGACGCAGAAAUUUGCACCGAGGACGUUCAAGGACGUGGUUGGGCAGAGCUUGGUGGUGCAGGCGCUGUCCAACGCCAUUGUGAGGAGGAAGAUUGGGCUGGUAUACGUGUUCUAUGGGCCACACGGUACUGGCAAGACAUCGUGCGCACGUGUCUUCGCCAAGGCGCUCAACUGCCACUCCCCUGAGCACCCGAGGCCCUGCGACUCGUGCACGUCGUGCAUCGCACACAAUCUUGGCAAGAGCAGGAGUCUUACGGAGAUUGGUCCCGUUGGCAACAUUGACAUGGAUCGCAUUGCGGAUGUCCUCGAUAAUGUGAUGCUUUCACCGGCACUAUCACACUACAGGGUAUUUAUAUUUGAUGACUGUGAUACAUUGCCAGCCAACACUUGGAGUAUCAUCUCAAAAGUUGUGGAACGGGCACCACGCCGUGUUGUGUUUAUCCUCGUCAGUCCCAACCUUGAACUUCCAAACAUCAUCCUGUCGAGAUGCCAGAAGUUCUUUUUCCCUAAGCUGAGGGAGUGCGACAUCAUCAACACUCUACAGUGGAUUUGCACCAGCGGAAGUCUAGACGUCGAUAGGGAUGCACUGAAGCUAAUUGCAUCCCGUUCUUAUGGAUCUUUGAGGGAUGCAGAGAUGACUCUUGAUCAGCUUAGUUUGCUGGGGCAGAGGAUUUCUUUGUCUCUUGUCCAAGAACUGGUUGGUCUGGUGUCUGAUGAUAAAUUGGUUGAUUUGCUUGAUUUGGCGUUGUCUGCCGACACUGUAAACACAGUGAGGACACUAAGAGACAUUACUGAAACCGGAGUUGAGCCUUUAGCGCUGAUGUCUCAACUUGCCACGAUAAUUACUGACAUUCUUGCUGGUUCCUAUACAUUUACACAAGAAAGACUACAACGAAAGUUCUUCAAGCGUCCUACUCUAUCAAAAGACGACAUGGAAAAACUACGUCAAGCCUUGAAAACACUAUCUGAAGCUGAAAAGCAGCUGAGGGUCUCUAAUGACAAGUCAACCUGGCUUACAGCUGCUCUGCUUCAGCUUGCACCUGAUAAACAAUAUGUGUUGCCAAGGUCAUCGACAAGCACGAGUUUUAACCAUGGUGCGGUAGUUGCUUCCUUUCCUGAUAGGGAUAUAACAAGGCACUCAACUCCUAAGCAUGAUGCUAACAUGGCAGGCACUUCAUAUGGUGUAAGGAUACCUGUUGACCACACAGAAAAUAGCCAUGUGUUGUUAACCAGUGCUGUCAGAGCAGAGCCGUCUAAACAUUGCAAAACGGAAAGUGAAAUGAUCUGGCAAGCUGUGCUUGAGAGUAUUCAGUCAGACACAUUGAGAGAAAUGAUGGGUAAGGACGGAAGGCUAAGCUCCAUAAGCCUAGGCACAGCACCGACAGUGCAACUAAUAUUUAGUUCACGUGUCAACAAGUCCAAAGCUGAAAAUUACAGAGGACACAUUCUGCAAGCAUUUGAGUCUGUCCUUCAUUCUGCUAUAAUACUUGAAAUCCGAUAUGAAUCAAAGAAUGAUGCAAGAGCAGGUCAUGCUCCAUCUAUAUUUCCAUACCCUGAGAAUGACUCUUCCAACACGAGAUUAAGUAGGUCCUUCACUAAACAUAGUCCCCUCUCUUCUGGAGGUGAGAAUCUAAUUAGGAGGCUUACAAAAGAUAGUGUUGUGAAGGGAGCUAGCUCCAGUAAGACUAGAUGGAUGCAAUCUGAUCCCCAUAUAUUAACAGCUGGUGAAAUUAUUGAAGUUGGGCCCACUCGCAUGCAUUGGCAUGCUCGAACAAAUAAUGGUGUUCUUGACACAAACGAAAGAAGAAGGGAUAAUGUAUGGGAAAAAGAAGCUUUGUCAUCACCAAACCAAGAGAGCAUGAUUAAUCGAAGAGGAAUAAAUGGGAAUAGACAGCAUCGACAGAACAGCAUAGUAAAAGGAAAGGUAUCUCUUGCUCAUGUUAUUGGGAGGGCAGAAGCUUGUUCUCAACGAGAAGGCUGGUCUAGACGAAAAGCUUUGUCGAUUGCAGAAAAGCUAGAGCAAGAGAAUUUGAGGUUGGAGCCUAGAUCAAGGAGUCUACUUUGUUGGAGAACUUCAAGGACUCGGAAGAAGCUCUCUUCAAUUAAUGUCAGGAAUCGAAGGUCACGAGCUGUAUCAAGGCUUAUCUUGUGUGGGAGAUGCAUUUCCACAAAAUCUCCGAGAUAGAAGACGUUGGUUCAUAAUAGGUUUUACAAGCUGUUAACUUAGCAUUCAUAAUUUAUUCAGUUUGUACCUUGUAGGCUGUAGCUGUGUCAGUUUGUAGGCCUUUUCUCUAUUCUGUAUAUUGCUUGACAUGUAAAAGAACGAUGAUAGAAAAUGGCAUAGCAAAUUCUUUUC